CUGCGGUUACUGAAUGGCAAUUCCUUGGCUUUUUCCUCCCAUCCCCCAAUCAUAUAUGAGUUGGGUUUCAGGUUUUGAUUGAUUGUCGGGUUUGAGAGAUUGACGGUCGGGUUGGGGAAGAAGCAGGUUCGAUUUUUGGAUUUUCAUUUUUAGGUUAUUGUUUUUCCGAUUUUCCUUGAAUGUGAUCAUGCCCUCUUUUCCUGUUUCAGAAGAGCACGUCUGGUCUUGGAGAUUUUAUAAUCGAAUUCGCUGAUGGGGAUUUGGGAAGGUAAGACACUGUCCGCAACAUCGUCGUAAUCCUAUCCUCUUGAGACAGUGGCUAGGCAUAGGCGAAGGUAAUUUUAUAUGUCUUUUCCUUAUCUUUUUUUCCCCUUCUCCCCCUGGUAAUCUGUCCUGUUUUAUCUUUCUGAUUCAUCGCUUUUGUUUGCUAUUUCGGAUAGCGAUUCGGUGUUUUAGAGUUGACAAUCGAUCUGAACAUUAGAGUCGUCAGAGCGGGCAAGCGAACCAGAAACAUCAUUUGAAGUUUUUCCCUCCGUUUCACUUUGAUCUAAUUAGUUUUGUUGUUGUCAAAGAUUCAUUCGGUGGAGGAACUUCUAUUUUAGGACUCUCUUUCUCAAUCUUCCAGAUUUACUGUGAGAAGUUUUGUUAUUUUGGGUUCUAUAUCUGCAUUGACGUCCAUGAUCGACCCAUUUAAGCUUUCUUUUUCCCUUUCGUUUGAUUUCCGAGUGUGGAGAACUCGGUAGAGGUCCUUCACAUAUGGCAGGUUGAUUAAUAAUAGUGUGGAAACAUAAUUAGGGGACUUCCCCUAUUCUAACUGUCCUUUGAGUCUAACUCCAUAAAAAAAUGUAUGUCAGUUCCCUUACGUGUGACCUCUUCAUGGGAUUUCAAGGUCUGUGUUCUUUUUCUUAUUGAGUAUUGAGAUCAAAAUGGUAGUUUUGGUUAUCUAUUAAAUGUAUGUGGUGCAUAGAUGUGCAGGUAAUGCUUGCCUUGUGGAUUAACCAAAAACUGGAGUACCUGUACUAUAACUUCUGGAGAGGACAGUUGAUUGGGAGCAGCAACUCAAGAAAGCAUAUAUGUGCUUUUGAAUUAGGUCCAGUAUCACUUAUUCUUCUUCAUUUAACAUCACAUUCCUCAUAUCUCAAUGAAGUGGAGACUAUUGGAGCUACCUACUGAAUUGCACUGCCAUUUUCAUUCUGUUUGAGGUUCGGUGAGGUUGAUUAUGCUUUCUUAAGCUGCUUAGUGAACACUGAUGAACUCCAGGUUUACAUCUAUUCGUGGCUCUUUAUAUCUAAAACUCUUUGCUUGCUUACAAUGUCAGGUCAGAGCUUUAUUACAAAUCAGAUUGCUUGCUUUUAUGCCUGGGUUUGCAGGUAUGCAUUUGAGGACUUAUAGGCUGAACUGUAAGCAUCUUAUUCUGCAACAUUUAAAUUGGUGAGAUUUCUAGGCUGAAAUGGACUCAAUUUCUUAGCAUUCUGUAAUUGAAUAGAAAUAGAAGUUUUAUUGGUAUUAUGGAAUCACAGAGGAGGAUAAAAAUAAAGUUCAUUAAACUAAAGCAGCCGUCUUUCAUGUCAAUUUCUCCUCAAUCCACAGUUUCUUUCAAUCGAUGAACAUAUGUUGCCAUGGGAUGAAGAAACCGAACUUCCUGUGUCGUGUAGUUCAUAAAUUCUUCUUUAACCUUUAAUCAAUUUCUUUUUGAUUAGUAAGAUGUUGCCUUAUAUAUAAACACAGGUUCAUGAUAGUUACUCCUACUGAUUCUGUAAGUUGAAUUGCUAUAGUGUUUCAAUAGGUUGUUUUUGCGCCCAGCUGUUGGCUCCAUGGUGUAAGGAAUAUGAAUUGUGUGUUUGUAUUGACGUGACCGAGCUGUUGUCGGACAUGUUGGACAGCAGGCGACUCGACGCUGAUCGUGGGCGCCGAAAUUCUAGAUUGCAACGAAGAGCUAGGGUUUCGGGAUUAAAGCUGUAAGAAUGUGAAUCGUGUGUUUGUAUUGACAUUGAGAAGGGGCAUUUAUACCCACAAUUGUACAGGUUCAUGUAGGACAAGGAAACUUACGUCAAUAUGAAUAAAGAUUUAUCCCUAAUACAUGGAACUUACCCU